AUGGGCUUAAACACUCUCGUAGCUGGUGUUGCUGGUGUGGCUGCUAUUGCCACCACUGUCAGUCUCAUCACUGUUGCAUAUCUUGUUAAAGAUAUUAACGACUUCUAUGACGAUGCCAUCGAAGAACUCUCUGACUUCAAGGAUCUGGCAAAUUCUGCCUGGCACGAAAUGAGACCGAGUCCGAUGCAAGCCCUCCGUCAACCACGUGGAGUCGAACUUCUCAUUCGGGAGCGUCGCCAGUUACCUCCCUUCUGCAACUGUGCACCACAACCAGUACACUGCGCACCGGGACCUCCAGGACCGCCGGGUCCUCCAGGAACGCCCGGAGAGCGCGGAUUGCCAGGACCGCCCGGCCAAAGAGGCAACGAUGGUAUCAAAGUUUCAACCUUUGGAGGACCAACCGGCUGUAUCAAGUGUCCUCCGGGUCCUCCAGGACCACCUGGUCUCAAUGGACCCCCUGGUCCACCAGGACCAAACGGAAUGCCGGGUGCGCCAGCGUUCGGUAUGCCAGGAGCUCCAGGAAUGCCUGGACCACCUGGAGACCCUGGUAUGCCAGGAGGGCCAGGUCAACCUGGUAUGCCAGGAUUACCCGGAGCAGAUGGACAGAGACAGAUUACUUUACCGGGUCCUCCUGGACCUCCCGGACCAAUGGGUCCUCCAGGACAAGCUGGACGCCCUGGCGAGGCUCCACCCGGUCCCUUCCCUGGACCGCCUGGACUUCCAGGACCACCUGGUAUCCCUGGUCCUCGUGGACCCGACGGAAUGCCUGGUCAACCUGGUAUGAUGGGUCCACCUGGUGGUGAUGCUGCAUAUUGCCCAUGCCCUGAAAGGAGCGCCGCCGCAAUGAUGAGAAAGAAUGCCGCUUCAGCAGUAUCAGCAGUGCAUGGUUAUUCAUCUCAGCAUUACGGUACAACAGAUCAAAGGAAGGUGAAGGCGCUAAGACGAUCAGCUAGAAAACUCAGUGCAGCUAGGAAACAUGCAUCAAUAGUAUAA